AGAAUUACUUUGUCGGUGGUGGUCCGGGUCGGGGUCCUGUGCUCUGUGUAAGCCGUGAAUAUGCUUAAAAGUUAAAAUAAAAUUUUUUGAGGGAGAUAUGUGAUACUUACAAGCUGGGAGUUUCUGGAAAACUUAACGGGACGAUGAGAAGUACAUCUGCGUGGCCGCUGAAGGUGUGGCCGGUAGAGUAGCUCACCAGAGGACGGCUCCACCUCCUCGUCGGCUGUCCCGUCUCGGAGAGCAGAGUCCGUGUUUGGUUUUUUUUUCUUCUUUUUGUAUUUUUAUGUUUGGAAGCAACCACUCAACUUGUGAAUUCAUGAUCACAUGACCGUGGACAUGGACGCAGUCCUGUCCGACUUUGUCCGUUCUACUGGAGCUGAACCGGGAUUGGCCAGAGAUCUUCUAGAAGGUAAGAACUGGGACUUCACGGCGGCGCUCAGUGACUUCGAGCAGCUGCGGCAGGUCCACGCCGGCAGCCUGACGUACUCGUUCCCAGAAGACCGGGUCUAUCUGCCAUCCGAGAAGGAGAUGGCCCGGGUGGGGCGUCCUGUUCUCCACCGGCAAGACGAGGUGGUGCAAGCGGCGUCAGAGAAGCGUCUGUCGAGGGGCAUUUCUCACGCCAGUUCCACCAUCGUUUCGCUGGCCCGCUCUCACGUCUCCAGCACCGGCGGCAGCAGCAGCGAGCCGCUCCUCGACACGCCGCUCUGCACUUUCCAGCUACCGGACCUCACUGUGUACAGGGACGACUUCCGCAGCUUCAUCGAGAGGGACCUGAUUGAGCAGUCCAUGAUGGUGGCCCUGGAGAACGCCGGGCGACUGAACUGGUGGACGAAAGUGGUUCCAAACUGUCAGAAUCUGUUGCCGCUGGCGACGAGCGGAGACGGAAACUGCCUGUUGCACGCCGCCUCGCUCGGAAUGUGGGGCUUCCAUGAUCGUGACCUGAUGCUGCGGAAGUCUCUGUAUGCGCUGAUGGAUCACGGCCUGGAGAGAGAAGCUCUGAAGCGCAGGUGGAGGUGGCAGCAGACCCAGCAGAACAAAGAGUCCGGGCUGGUGUACACGGAGGAGGAGUGGCAGAAAGAGUGGAACGAGCUGUUGAAGCUGGCCUCCAGCGAGCCAAGAAUCCACUACAGCACCAACGGCACCAACGGGGCGGAAUCGUCUGACGAGCCGGUCUAUGAGAGCUUAGAGGAGUUUCACGUCUUCGUCCUGGCUCACGUCCUCAGAAGGCCCAUCGUGGUGGUGGCCGACACCAUGCUGAGGGACUCUGGAGGAGAAGCCUUUGCUCCCAUCCCGUUUGGAGGCAUCUACCUACCGCUGGAGGUGCCAGCUGCCAAGUGCCAUCGCUCUCCGCUGGUCCUGGCGUACGAUCAGGCUCACUUCUCUGCCCUGGUCUCCAUGGAGCAGAAGGACACCUCCAAAGAUCAAGCAGUUGUGAUUCCACUCACCGACUCGGAGCACAAAAUGCUGCCUCUGCACUUUGCUGUGGAUCCUGGGAAGGACUGGGAAUGGGGAAAGGAUGACACAGACAACGUGAUGCUGGCGAGUGUGGCGCUCUCGUUGGAGGCCAAGCUCCAGAUGUUACACACCUACCUGACGGUUACCUGGCUGCCGCUGCCAUGUGAGCAAGCCCCUCUGGCCCAGCCCGAAUCCCCCACAGCGUCCGCUGGAGAGGACGCCCGAACGCCUCCCGACUCCGGAGAGUCGGACAAGGAGUCGGUCAGCAGCAGCUCCAACGGCAACGGAGAUGCAACAGCGGGCUCCACCGCCAACGGCAGCAGCUCGUUGGCCAAAAACAGCUCGUCUUCUUCCUCCAGCUCCUCCAGCAGUGGGUCCGCCGGCGCCGGGACAGGCGGGAAGGACAAAACCAAGAAGGAUAAAGACAAGGACAAGAAGAGGGCGGACUCUGUGGCAAACAAGCUCGGCAGUUUUGGGAAGACGCUGGGCAGCAAGCUGAAGAAGAACGUCGGCGGACUGAUGACGGGGAAGAACGCCGGAGCGGCCGGCGCCAAACCGGAAGGUGGGGAGAAGAAGAAGGGCUCGCUCAAGGGCAGGAAGGGCAGCAAGGACAGUUCGCCGUCCGCCCAGGCCUCGGAGGACUCCGGGAAGGGAUCGCCGUCGUCGGGCAGCGAGCGCCUCCUGGGUACCAUGAGCAGCAUGAGCAGCAGCGGCGGCAGCAGCAGCACAGAGAGUGAGCACUACAAGUACAGCGCCGACGUGAAGGUGAGCCUGGGCAUCCUGCGGGCCGCCAUGCAGGGCGAGAGGAAGCUCAUCUUUGCCAGCCUCCUCACCACCAGCAACCGCCAGCCCUUCCAGGAGGAGAUGAUCCAGCGCUACCUCUCCGACGCCGAGGACCGCUUCCGCGCUGAGCAGGAGCAGCAGCGGCGCGACGCCGAGCGGAAAGGCGUCGCCAAUAACCUCCAGCUGCCGAAGAAGGAGGAGCUGAGCUACCGGCCGUUUGACGCCAAAGAGGAGCUGACGGAGUCCUUACCGCCCUCCUUCAACCCCACGCCGCUGAGCCCCUCCCUCUACUCUGCGGUCAUCCCCAUCCCUCGCCCGUCGUUCAUCGACCAGACCCACGUGCCGACGCCGCUGACUCAGCACCUCCACAUGCACGGCCACCUGGACGCACGGCGCCAACUGGCCGGCGGCUCUCCGGCCGCCUCUUACCCGGGCCUCCCCGCCUACGCGACGCUGCCCCGCCACUGCUCCACCGCGCCGGGUCCCUCCCACCCGCAGUACAUCCCCUCGUCCCUCAGCCCCUCCCGGCUCGCCCCCUCUUACCCGCCGGAGUUUGACCCGCCCGAUUACCCCGGCGCUGAGCCCAUCGUCGGCGGCUACACCAACGGUUUCCGGGAGCUGAACGCCGGCCUGGACUGUCAGAGCGGGCAGCCCCCCAUCAGACACUACUCUCUGGGCAGCGCGGGCGGCCUGGCCGGCCUGCAGUCCAGCCGCUGUCGGACACCCAGCUGCAACUACUACGGCCACCCGGAGACGGGGAACUACUGCUCAUACUGCUACCGAGAGGAGCUGAGGAAGAGGGAGGCGGAGCCAGUCAUCCACCGCUUCUGAGCGAAGAGUGGCCUUUUUGUGUUUCAGUUGAACAGAACGGGGAACGACCCCUUACCGUGUCACUUCCUGUUGAAGGCGACGAGAAGAAACUGGGGAAUAGACCGUCGAAGAAACUGACUGCAAUUCUGUUACGUUUUUGCUCUUUAUGCAGCUGUUGAGUGUGUGUGUGUGUGUGUGUGUGUGUGCGUGUGUGUGUGUGUGUAUGCGUGUGUGUGAGUGUGUAUGGACUUCAACUCUUCACCGGAGUGAAGUUAUGCCCAAAUCCCACUUCUUCUAAUUAAACAAAAAUUUGUGUCAAAUGUUACAUUUUUGUGCAGCACAAAUUUCCGUUUGUGCCGCUAUCAUUUUAAAGAUAUUAAUGAAUGUUUCCAGAGGUCAUCAAAGGUCAACUAGUCCACAUUUACAGAACCAAAGGAAACAUGGUGUCAAAUCAGCUAUGCUACAUUUGCUGGUUCGUGCAGCAAAAAGUGUUGUUUUGUCUUUUAUUUUUAAGGCUUAAAAAGUUCUGAGAUCAACCUGCUGGUUGCUUGUUUGUGCAACUAUUUUUAUUUAUUUUUUUGCCACAGUUGUUUGACACCAAAUUAGUUUGAUUUUGUAAACCUGGGCAGCCUGGUUGACCUGAUGACCCCUGAAAACAUUAAUAUUUCUUUAAACGUUGUGGCAUAAAUGUUGAUCUCUAGUGACUUGUGAGAAUUUCUUUUUUAAAUCUUAAAAAUUGUAAUGGCACAAACAAAACUGUGUGCUGCACAAACGUAUCACAGUUGAUUGACACCAUAUUAAGUUUGAUUUUGUCAAUAUGAUCUGACUGGUUGACCUAUGACCUCAGGAAACAUUUAUUAAUGUCUUUAAAAUGACGGCUGCACAAACAACCGUUUUGGUGACACUGAUUCUGUUUCAUUUGAAGAGGUGGUGAGGGGUCAGCUUCACUCGGGUCGACUCUCCUCCUCGGUAAGAGUUAAACACCUGGCUACUGUCUCCUCCUAGUGGAGGGAAUGUAAACUGCAGGCAUCGUAUAUAACACUCAUGCAGACAACUAGCAGUGAUGCAAGCACAACCGGAGAAGGCACAACUGUCUCCGCUUCACAUGUUUAGUCCAACAUCAGUGUUACGGUUAUGACCUUACUGUUACUGGAUGCCUCUGUCCUCGUCGGAUUGCUUCUACUCAAUAUUUGCAUUAUGCAAACUGAAACUACUGUUUAUCGCUCGACGUGCAGAAAGACGCUGCUGCGGUGCUAAAACGCAACAAUCGGCACCCCUGCAAUAAAUUCCCCGCCCCCCCCCCCUUUUUUUUUUUUAUUAUUUUAACUCAAUCAGAUGAAAACUGGAUCUGGAAGAUGUCAGCAGGUUCGGCACAGCCAAGCUGCUUUGCAGAAGUAUUGAAGCCCCAUGUUUUCUCAGCUUAGAACCACAAACUUUGAUUUGUCUUCAUUGGGAUUUUAGGUCAUGGAGCAACAGACGUUAAAAACGGUGCAGGGUUUGAAAAGCGAUGCUCAUCCUGCAGUUGCGGAUUUUCUUUCAGCUUUGCAUAUCUGGAAACUAAAAUUUGCCCGUUGUUGUUCUUUGCAAGGUCAGAUGGGAUGAAGAGUUUGAGUCAGGUCCAGGCUUUGACUAGGCCAUUUUAACACAGGAGUAUGUGUUGAUUGAGUCUUUCUAGGGUAACUAUAAAUGCUCUCUCCAGGAUUACUUUGUAUUUGGCUCCGUUAUUUCCAUCAGCUUCCUGUUGCUGUUGAAGAAAAGCAUUCCCACAGCAUCAUACCGCAACCAUUGUGUUUAACAGUGGCAGUGUUCAGCUGUGUGUGCUUUUUCUUGUUUCUCCAUUUGAUAAAACGAUGACUUUCUUUAUGCCACGCUUCCAUAAAGGUCACAAUUCUCUGUAAACAGAGUUGCCAUGUUGCCUCUUGGCCUCUUCUCUGAUUAAUUAUCUCAUUUUCUGGGCCAUCAGUGGUUAAAUGUAAUUGUUUGUUGUGUGUUUUAGUUAGGAGUAUCACAGUAAAGGAGUGCUGAAUACAAUACAUUGAAAAUCAUAUAUUAUUUUCCCUCCAGCUCAUAAUUACAUGCUGCUUUCUCUUUCACAUAAAAUCCCAAUAAAAUGAACAGAAGUUUCAGGUCUUGGAACCAGUUGAAGGGGUUUGGAUACUUUUGCACAAGGCGCUGUAAAUAAAAGCAAUAGCACCGGCUGAGAUCUGUGACGCUAUUCACCCACUCUGGAAGUGAAAUAGGUAGUUGGUUUUUUUUUCCCUGACUCUUGACAGACGCAACUUUUCCGCGCAGGAUAACAGAACAAAAACAUGCAAACGGCAGUCCUGAACUUAGACGUGUUGACUUUUAAAGCUGCUGCAGGAGGGAACGGAUCGUGUCUGUGUGGAAAGCAGGUUUCAGGUGCUGCAGGUGAAUUUCAAAGGUGUGGGAAAGUUUUCCUUCUGUUUUCAGUCUUCUGUCAGCUGCUACACUGGCUGUUUUAAAUGCUUUUUGCACCUAAUGAAGAACAAACACUAAAUAAAUCAGACACUGGGUUUAUCGAAGCUUAAACUAAAAAUAUAGCGAUUAUUUUGAAAUAAUACAAGAUUUCUAAGAAUUCCUGUUUCCUCCUUGCUUAGGUCAAAUGAAAACCACCUCAGAUAAUUUACUGAGAGGCUGAAGGCGUUUUAUUUACUUUUCCAGAUGUUUUCUGGAUUUUUUGUCUCUGCCUCUGUCUCUGCAGACACUGCCGCCUGGAAGUACGGGGCUCAAACUGGAGGCUUUUAUUCCUUCCAGUUCACUGCUGACCGCUAAACCAAGCAAAUAAUUGCACAAUUUUAAACUAUCAUCGAUCCCUUUGAAAGCUACACCCUCGUCAUGUCUAUCAAGCGCUGGAAAUAAGCUGAUAAUUGGGUGGAUUUAUUUGAGUCUUCCUUGUUACUUUGAGUUCAAGACUGUUGUGGUUCUCACGUCUUGCUGUUUCAUCGUUUCACUACAAGAAGCCAUGAUGUUGGACUCCAGUUGCUCUGCUUAUUCAGUCUUCUCUCAUUGAGGUUGGUAGAAAAGCACAAAAUAGUAUGCAAUUCACUGCCUUGCCCACUAGAGGGUGCUCCUGUCUUGUUUUCCGUGUGGACUCUGGCCCUGCUGCUCUAACUACAAACACUAAACCCCCCAUUAAACGGAUAAUAAGGUGUGUUUUUAUUAGUGUUGUUUAAACACUAUUUAAUAGCAAGAUGUUGCUAAAGCUGCUCAAUUUUCAAUGAAACGCAACCGUCGUCAGUGUGAAUGUGUGUCAGCAUGUGUUGGUAAUGUAGGAUUUUAACUGAUACAUGAAUAAAUCUUUUGUUGGGGAGAAAAACUUGCUUUUUUUUCUCUGUUCUCUCCUUUCCUCCAAAGUAAUAAUUAUCUCCCAAACUCAGUUUUUACAGCCUGCAAACCUUUUUUUUUAUAUAUAUAUAUAUCUAUAUAUAUUUAAGACGACAAACAGAAGCGCUUGUGAGGUUGUAUAAAUAUGUUCCGAGUUAUUUUUGUAAGCCCAAAGUUUUACAGUGUUUUUAAAAGGGUAAGAAUGUAUUUUGUUGGAAACUUCCACAGUUCUGAGAAUAAGCUUGGAAAGAGCCUGGAUCUGGGGGUGGAAAUGUUUGGGCUGUUGAAGGAAACCCCCACAUGGGCCUUUUUGAUACUUGAGGCUCCUCUCAUUGAGAAAAAUUUCCUUAAUACUGACAAAACAAUUUGAGAAAAAAUAUAUCUAUAUAUUUAUAGUGAGAUUUUUUUUUCUGUUCUUUCAAAUUGGUUUCCUUGUAGGAAGUUUAGUUGAGAUCAUUUAGGAUGUUCUUUCUGGCUAAUUGUCUAGAAGUCCGGCUUUUGUUUGUUGCUUUCUAAAUUUGUGAACGUUUCAUUUUUCAUGCUGCAGCCAUCAGUCCGUGCUUCAGUUUUUUAUUUUUAUUUUGACUCUGCUCAUUUCCUCAGAACAAGAAGAGAAAUGGCUCCGCAUUAGUUUGCAACACCGUCGACUCGAUUAUAUUUUUCUAUGAUCUUUUAUUUGGGGGCAACGGGAAACACCUCCGAGCUGCAUGGGACUGGAACUGUUGCAUGUAAAUGGCGAACCAUUUUACCAAAUUCGUGCGUUACUUUAACCUGAUUUUUGUUCUUUGUUGUAAUUUGUUCUGUUUUGAUUUUUCUAUCUUUAAUUUUUUUUUUGGUUUGUUUUAAAAAAGAGGCACUAAAAGGCUGUGUGAAAGUGCAAUCUGGAUAGAAAGAACAUCAGAUUUUAUGUUAGGUAUUAUGAUUAUUUUUUUUGCACCGUUUGAAUAAAUUCUCAUUGUAUUUCAAGGA